UUGUAUACGUAGAGUUGGUUUUUUUGUCAACCUGAAGAAAACAAAGGUUCCGGUUGAUCGUUGUUGACGACAUUUGUUUCUCCCUGUUCCGAGGUAUUUUUUCUUUCACUCGAGGCCCAGUGCUAGCGGAAACCUGAAUCUGGCAGACCUGUUGUAUCAGUCGAACUGAAUGAUUUAGCGAAGUCAUGUUUCUCAUCUUUCUACCCAGAUCUGACGUGCAUCCUUGUUUACCCCCUUACUCCCUUACCCAUUGAUUACGUGCUCUAUUACUACCAGUAUCAGGAUAAAUAAACGAUAUUUGCUUGUUCGGAGGCACGUAGUUUUGUGCCCACCGACACAGGAACUCUGUUGCGCUUGCGGACCUGGUUUUUACUUUUAAAAUGAGCUUCAAUUUCGCGACGGAGGGCUACCGCGGUUGCUUCGGGAGUCUUCCCGAGGCGGACGGUGCACAGCUGAGGGCGAAGACAGCGGAAUACAUGAAGAGUUUUGAUCCAAGUUCUUGGUCUACUAACCCAAUCACAACGCUCUUGAACGGCACUCCGUUGACGGGCGGCACGACGGAAGAUACGGUACUACAGUAAAGAUUCGGAAAGAUGUUGUGCGACUUGCUUUUCAUGCUCGAUCAGAUACGGGUCAUGUAGUUUCUUUGCUGUGGCUCCCACUUCUCCUGUUGCAGCCGAAAAUACGUGACGUGUUUGCGCUCAAAUUUAGAAUAUAUACAGGUCGACGCCUUUAACCGAGUCAAUGGAAAGAUCACGCUUGCAACAGCGGCCGAAGUGGACCAGGUGAUCGCGCACAUUAAAGGCUACCAGCCCCCGAGCACCGACCUCCGACCUGCGAUCCGUGCGAUAGACCUGGAAUUUUGCGAUGCUGGAAAAUUAGCACCGACUAUCAUCGGGAAUCAGGCGAUUGACUUUCAAAAGCAGGAUGGAAUCACGGAGAUUGAGGAGUCGAUUCAGGCCAAUCUGGUCGAGCAGCGUAUCAACGACGAGCUUCUCAAGGCGAGCGCUGCGGGCCAAGUUACCAUCCGCAGCAAGCAGCUAGUUUUUGUCGGAUGCGUUAGUAACUUUUCCAACUUUCUGGAUUUGUUCCGAAAAGUCCUGCGACACAUAGAAAUGGGGGUACCGGUGGUGGUUUUAUCAAGGAGCAAUACCACACAGCACAUGUUUCGGUGGACAGUGAUUCUGCUAGAGAAAUUGAAGGAGAAGGGCGUCGAUUUGGGCAUGGUAAGCUACUUGGCAUGUUCCAUCCCGGAGCAACGCCGCGUGUUCGCUGCUUGUCCCGACUGCCCCAUGCACUUCACCGGUAGCCGUCAGGUCGCCGAAAAAAUCAAGGAGGUGGUGCCCAAACUGUUUGCAUCAACGGGUGGACCAAACACCCUGGUAAGUACUUAAGUGAAAGUAUCCGUAUCGCAUAACUCUUAUUUUACGAAAAUCAACAAAGUUGCGCACACGGUUUACUACAACACGAAACACGCUGCAGGACCGUCAUACGCAAGGUCGAUGUCAACCCUUCUCUUGCUACUGCUAGGUCCUAAUUUUAAUUUCUUGUUCAACGGUGCCCUUUUUCAAUUCAAUUCUCAUUCGUGAAUUCAGGUUUCCACCCAGUGGAACGACCAAGUUGGCGACGCGGUCCGUUGGUCAAACCUGAUCGAGAACAAGGGGCAGUGCACGGCUUUGCGACACUGUGUUUGCCCCAACCUGACCGUUGACCAGCUGGACGCCUCGUAUAGCAAAGCGCCGCUGAUUCAAAACUCACUGGAAUCCAUUGAAAAAAGCGAGUUCGCGGGUAUUUUCCAGCCCCAAGGGACCAUCAACUCAGAGACCGCGUCAACCGCAGCAAGCGAGGGAAGUGACGGCGAACAGAAUUACUCCAAGCUGGCGUCGCAGCCAUUGAUGAAUGUGAGAAUAUCUGCAGACCUCCCCGUGAAGAUCACGGAGCACUGGCGGCAGCUGUACCUGGACGUGACCACGCCGGCCGUUGUGAACGACGCCAGCUUCCUGACGGCCUUGGCACAGUGGCUCAACCGCGAGCAGCCCAUCAGUCUCGCGGUCAACGACAGCUCGUUUGACGUCGCGCUGAAGCUCUUCCAGAUGACCGGCAUGGUGGUUUACACGGUGGGAACGCUGGAGAAGCCCGCCCUGACCGCGCAGGCCCGGCCGCAGGACGGGGAGGUGUUCGGCGAGUUUCCGCCGCGAAAGGAGAUGCUCAAGUAUUCCCAUGCGCCCAUGGUGGUGCCGUCCGCGGUUGCAGCGUACAACAGCGUCUACACAGAGGAGUACUUGGUUACGAAAUCCGCUGAAGCAGGAGGGUUGGCGAUUAGCGAAACGGGAAAGGCAGUAGUGGCAGCCAUUGAAGACCCGAAGAUGAAGGGGUAUAUUAGAUAGAAGAUGCUAGUAGGAUAGUACUUACUCUCUGGCACUUAGACUUACGCUUUCUCUGUCAGAGUCACAGUAGUGACCUACGCGGGCAAGGAGACGAAAGGGACGCGGCAGAUUUUUUAGACAUGGCAGGUCCAGGUUUUUUUCUUGUGAAGUAAAAGCAUCAAUCAUGGUAGGUGCGCAAGUUCUUGAAGUCUUUUUCGUAUGGCCGUAGCCUUUCUUCAAAAAACCCCAACACAGAUACGCCGUGGUCCUCGCGGAGUAUCUUCUUGAUGCCUGCAAGGAGCCGGGAAAAGUCGGCUUCGGCGCUCGCACCACGCUGUUCGGUCUCCAGCGGUGCCCGAUCGAUUACAGCGGUGGUACAGACGAAGCAUUCACCAAGACAGUGCUGCUGUGCGACGGCAACCUUGACGCUCUGCUGCUGUACACGCUGCCCUUUGUGAUGACCACUGCGGCCGCACAGGUCCAAAUCGAGCCGCCGGCGAAGCUGAAAAAGAGCGGGGAGAAAAAAGCGCAACUGGAAAAAGUACUGGCCUUGGAUAUCGCCUGUGUAGAGCGGGACGAAGUGGACCCAACCGCGGUCUUCAACGUCGUCACCGUUGAUGCUCUGUUCGAAACGGCGGGGGGCACGCCCGAUUUCAUGCUUGCUCAGCAGUUUAUUAGCAGGCUGUUCCCGCUGGGGCAUAUCAAGUCCACCGCGAGUAACGAUACCGCGUUUUUGGAAGCUUUCCGCGCGUCGCCGAAGUGGUUACGGAUUGCGUGAGAUGGUCGCUGUAUUUUCGAGGAGCACGACCACCAGACCAAUCAUCUAUUGACUUUUUCAAAUCGAAACCAAUUAUAUUUGCCGCUUAAGAAUUUUUUGAGACUGCGUAUCAUGAACAUGAUUCAAGACUGAUCCACGGACUCGCUUGACUUCACCUGGUGUAUCAUUUUUUGCAGUUGCAGAGGCAGACGAAUCUCGAAUCACUUGUGUAACCAAAAUAUAGAUAAGCAAGUCGCGCGCGCUACUCAUCUCGCGCGUCUUGGUGCCGCCCACGUACUCACUUAGCAUUUUCUUCGUUAAUUUGGACGCAUCGGCACUUUCUUCGAGGAUGAAAUCCACCCAACAAGCUCCCCUGUGUAAAUACUAUCAAACGC